AUGAAUAUUAGCCACUGGUAUGGUAACAGCAUCAAGAAAUGCGAGAGCAAGGACAGCUGCGACCACGUUGAAUCUUAUAUUAGCAAAUUAAAAAAGCCACCAAUGCAGCAUCACAGGACAACUCUUUAUAAUCUCAAUGUGAAGCGUCAAAUGACACCCGUAUCUUCGUAUUCGUCUCAGUUUAAUCAAUUAAAGGUUAGCAAAGGACGAAGUAGAGAAAAAGAAGGAAAGAAACAGAAUGAGUACUACUCGAAUAAAUUACAGGUAUUGAACGCUCAACCAGAAAUUUAA